GUUUUCCCUGCUUCAUCUUAACCUGGAAGAAUAUUAUUUUGAGCAUCACACAGCUAAUCACAUCGUAAAUAAAGGCCGCAGAGAUGAAAGAAAAAUCAGAGGUUCUCUAAAGAUCUGUUCAAAAUCAAUUAUUUUUGAACCUGAUGAGAUCAUCCAACCCAUUAUCAAGAUACCCCUGAGAGACUGCGUUAGUAUAAAAGCCCCAGAAGACAAUGAAACAAAUAACCCUUUCAUGUGGGAUACAUCUGGAGGGAUUUCUGUUAUAUGUAAUCAG